AUUGAACUAUAUAACGACAUAUCACACACUCAUCAACACACUUCCACUUUGUUACCCGACUCAUCAAGUCGUGUCACCAGGUCAAAAUGUCACAGCUUAGAUUAGUUAUCACCUUAAUUGCCAUCAUAGCUAGCUGCAACGCUAGCGGGAUCGGCCACUUAGUUCCAGCAGUCCGAUCAUUUCCCAUCGUUCGAUAUGCUCCGUUCUACAAUUUCCCUGGUGUGCGGUCCGUACACGCGAUUGCUCCAGCUCCAAUACUGCCUGCUCCAGCACCUGUUCCAAUUGUGCCAGGACCACCAAUAGCAGCCCCUGCCCCCGUCUUCCCAGCACCUGCUCCAGUUUUAUCCGCUCCGACUCCAUUAUUUUCUCCAGCAAUACCAAGAUUCGCUCCUGUAAAUCCAUCCUUUCCUGCUCCGUUAGCUACAGCAUUUUCUGCUCCGUUAGCUCCAGCGUUUUCUGCUCCAGUCCCAGCAUUUCCCGCACCUGUAGCGCCUGCAUUUCCAACACCCAUAAUCCGCACUGUACCUGCUCUGCCAGCUGUACCAUUCUCUCCUAUCCUAAAGCCUGUUGCACCAGCGCCGGUAUUACCAGCCCCAUUUGCUGUGGCUAGAGCAGUACCAUUCGGUAUAUCCCCGUACGCCGCUCCCCUCUUUCGACCGCAUUUAGCUCCUGCACCUUUAGCUCCAGCACCUAUAUUUAAACAAUUAGCAUGGAAAUGAAUCUAGUCUGGUGUUACAUAGAAUUAGAUUAAGUUAUUUUAAUUUUAAGCUGUUGUUGUCUUUAUACACUUUUGUAAAUAAAAAUAAAUAAUUCUGUGUUUA